AUGAGCGCACAUGCCCGGCGACUAGAACACAGCCUAGGGAGCAGCUGGGGCGAAGCCGACUACGUAUCCGACGAAGGGGGUUCCUUUGAUUCUGGAAGCGACGGCGCUAGCGAAUUGGACUUGGAAGAUUCGGACAAAGAAGUUGUACAAGAGCGUCGAGCGCUGCCAACACCAAGACGUCAUCGUAACCAACAGAGUCCACCAGUACCUACAGCGCAGACAAAAAGCACACCAGUCAGGAAGCCGACAGAAAGAAAGAAAACAAGCCAGUCCCAGCAUCUGCACUCUGACAAGAAGGGCCCCAGACAACAUCCAUUUGAGCCGAGCUUCAUCAUGCCUUCCAUGGACAACUCAUGGAGCGGGUUUAACCUGCCGCCCGCACAGAAGCCUCAGCGGCGAAAGCGAAGAGACACGGUACCGGACCGUCUAUCCAACGCUUCAGGUAUUGCUCCUACUUCUUUCAAGGAACGCCGUGUCGAUAGCCACCAGGAAGUGAGCCCAUGGCACUACGUAAGCCUCUUUUGGGAGAACGUCCUUGCGCCGUUGAUUGGCCACUUUCUUGAUGUAUUAUCCUAUGCCUUGCGAUACUUCAUAAAACCCAUCCUAGGCGUGCUGCUGGGCCUUGGUAUUCUAGCCUUCAGCUUCAGGCUAGCCUCCGGCAUGCUUCGCUUCACGGUUUCCAACGUAAUCAUGGGUCCAGUGUGUGCGAUACCAGGCUCUUCAUACCUCAUCACAGCAUGCGAUACUUCUUAUUCAAGCCACCACGCCAACUUUGAGGAAGUCACAAGUGUGCAAAGUCGCUUUGAAGAUAUUGUCCAUGCAGCCAAGGAUACCUACUCCCUACCUGCCACGAUCAAAAAUUCCGAGCUUGCAAUCCGCGACCUGCGCGUCCUUGUCAGGCACUCUCAUUUGCCAAGCCGCGAGGCAUUGGAAAACGAAUUUAAUUACUUUGUUCUCACAGCCAAUACAGCCUCUAGGGAGCUUUCUCGCUUCAAUACCCAAAUAGGCGGAGCUUCGGAUCGCUUAGUCGCGGCGAAUCAAUGGACAAUGAAUGUUCUCUCCGGCAUCAGGGAUCAAGACGCAUCCACUGGCAUCGCCUCGCGGGUUAUCGACCAGGUCGUUGGUACAUUCGUAGCGGGACCACCAACUCUUCAGGAACGCAUUUAUGAUCAAUACAUUGUCCACCUCGGCAGGAACAAGGAGGAGAUCACGAAGCUCAUCAGCAAGGCACAAGCUCUGCUCAUUAUCCUCAAUAGCCUUGACGAUCGCCUAGAGGCUAUUCUCGAGAUUGCGACACGCGACGACCAAACCGUUACACGCAAUCAAGAGGAACUCUUGGCCUCUCUAUGGACAAAGCUAGGUGGUAACCGGACCAACGUCGCAGCCAACGCAAAAGCCUUGAAUCUUCUUUCCAACAUUAGCGCUUACCGCAAGAAAGCUGUCAUGCACGUUACUCAAACCCUGCUCAAGCUCCAGGAGAUUCAGGACGAGUUGGAGAAUUUGAGGGAGGGUGUUGCAGCACCUGAAAUCCUGGGGUUUAGGGGUGAUUUGCCGUUGGAGUACCAUAUUAAUGCUAUUGGAAAGGGCAUAGAGAGGCUGCAGAUCAGCCGAGGCGAACAUAUGCGUGUGGAGGCUGAAACAUACAAGAAGCUCAUGCAUGCAGGCGAGGAGGGGGAUGAUGAAAGGAGGGAAAUAGGCGAUGGUCCGACGACUAUUACCGCAAAACCUCGAUAAAGGACAUGUUGUCUUCGUCUCUUGGAUAAACGACGAGACCAAGCGUUUGAUUUUUGA